AUGGCCAUGAUCCAAAACAUCCACCGCCAUCCCAAGACAUCAGACACAUACCCGCCAAUAAUGGGCCCGAUCAUGGGGCCGAGGAUGGUGCCGACGGACCAGAUGGAUACGGCGCGGCCCCUCUGGUCACGCGGCAUGAGCGAAGCCCGACAGGAACCGAAAUGCCAGCAGCAUGGCCUCUCCGCGCGCGAGGCCACAUGCGGCGGUGAAGAGCAGGAAGAGUGCAUUGGUGACGUGGUAGACGACGACGCGGCCGUGCAUCUCGCUCAGCGGCGGGAGGAUCAGGGACCCGCACGCGAAGCCCAGCACGAAGAUUGA